AUGUCGCUAUCACGCAGUCGGCAGCAGUUCCUAGCAUAUGAAACACACGGUGACCCGGCAAUCCACUAUGAGAGAAAAGGCGGAAUCUUUAUAACCACCUGCAUUUGUGUCGGCUUCGUCAUCUGUGCUGCCUUGGUCGCCGCUCUAGUUGGAAUUAUCGUCUAUUACAUCACUUACUAUACGGUUGCGCAUAAGUCAGAAGACUUCUGGAAUGAAGCAGAGCCUUUUGGUCAAUCAAGUUCACCGGCACCAGACUUGAGACUUCCCUCAACAGUUGUGCCAAGCUUCUACAGACUAAAAAUAAAAGCAGAUUUAAAUCAGUCACUUUUCACUGGAAAUGCAUACAUCACAAUACAUGCCAAGCAAAAAGUCAAAGAAAUAAUAUUACACUCAAAAGGUUUAAUAAUUAAUAAUGCAACCUUAACUGAACAAAUUUAUGAAGAAGUAGAUACAUUAAAAGCAGACAGGAUUAAACGUGAUACAGAAAAUGCAACAGAAAGUAUUACGACAGAGGGUGCAACUGAUACAAACAUUGAGAAUUCAACUGAAGCUAUAACUACAACCAUAGAAUCUGAGCCUGUCACAAUUCCGACACUGCAAACUCAAGUAACACAUAGUCAUGUGCGGAAUAUACAAAUUCUAUCAAUGAGGGCCAGUUCUGGUGAUAGAUUAAUAUUGACAUUAGAAACAAUCUUGAACCCAAAUGUAGAUUAUACUCUGCAGCUCUCAUUUGAAGGAAGAAUUAGUAAUUCGUUAACUGGCUUCUAUAAGAGCAGUUACAAAGAUGCCAAUAAUGAAAUAAGAGAGCUAGCAGCAACUCAAUUUGAACCUACCUCAGCCCGUGCAGCCUUCCCGUGCUUUGAUGAGCCUGCAUUUAAAGCCAAGUUCGAAAUCAGCAUUGCACAUCCACAGAAUAUAUCGGUUCUCUCAAACAUGAAGGUUGCUAUGCAGGAGCCUAUAUCAGAAGACCCUGGUUGGCAAUGGACGCACUUCGAACGAUCAGUCAACAUGUCUACAUACUUAGUUGCUUAUGUACUGUCAGAUUUUAGCUAUGUAGAAACAAAUUAUACAGGAAAAGACAAUAAACUUAAACCAAUAAGGGUUUGGACGCAACCGGGGCUCAUACACAAAGCCAAUUACGCGUUGACAAUAACACCGAAAUUGCUGGCGUUCUAUGAAGAAGUGUUCGGGGUGCCUUAUGCCUUGGACAAGUUGGAUCUGAUCGCGAUACCGGAUUUCUCCAGCGGCGCUAUGGAGAACUGGGGUUUGAUUACAUUCAGAGAAACAACCCUCUUAUUCGACGAAAAGGAAGGUAUGCCGGGUGAGAAACGGGGAGUGGCCAUUGAUGUCUCACACGAGUUGGCUCAUCAGUGGUUCGGGAAUCUCGUCACCAUGAAGUGGUGGACUGAUCUGUGGCUGAACGAGGGAUUUGCUACCUAUAUCGAGUAUGUUGGCGUUAACCAUAUUGAACCAGAAUGGGAAAUGCUCCUAUCAUUUACCAGAGACAAAAUGAGCCUCCUCCGAACGGAUUCGCUUAAAAACACGUCCCCCGUAUCAAGACAAGUUAUUGACGCGUCAGAGAUAUCGCAGAAGUUCGACGAAAUAUCGUACGCGAAGGGAGCGAAUCUCAUACGAAUGCUGAACCAUACGAUAUCGCAAGAGUUGUUCUUGAAGGGGUUGGCCAUUUAUUUGGAGAAAUGGCAAUACCAGAACGCAGAAGAAAACGAUCUAUGGCAAGCGAUGUCCGAGGCGACAGUGAAUGAUGAAUUUUUAAAGGAUGUCUCGUUGGUUAAAUUCAUGAACUCGUGGACAAGACAAGCCGGAUAUCCGGUUUUACUCGUAAGACGGGACUAUAGUAACGGACAAGUUUUGUUUGAACAGCGUCUAUUCACGAGUACAAAGAAACCCUACAAAUCUAUGGAGAAGCAAAUUUGGCAGAUUCCCAUAACCUACGCCUCGUCGUUCACUCCCAGCGACAAAUGGUCACUCGAGCCCAAAGUGUGGCUGAAGGAUAAAUCUUUGACAACUAAAAUACCUUUGAACGAUUCGGAGGCUUUGUACGUGAAUAUCGGAGCUAUUGGUUACUACAGAGUAAAUUACGAUCAAAAGAAUUGGGAACUUCUAAGUAAAGCAUUAAAAGCUGGCAACAUUAAUGACUCCAUAGCGAAAGCUCAACUAAUAGACGACGCCUUCAACUUGGCGAAAGCGAAUCUGUUGAAUUACAGCUACGCACUGGGUCUAACCAGCUGCGUCGUAAACGGGGAGGAUUCGAAAAUUGUUUGGGACAUGUUGUUGGAUAAUAUGGCGUUUUUGAAGUACAACCUGAAGACCACUUCCGGAUAUAUGUAUUUUCAAGAUUACGUAAGAUUACUCAUAGAGAAACAAUUAAAAACUCUUAACUACGGUUUAUCGAAGCCCGCGGAUGAUAACGAAGCCCUCUUAAUUGAGAAUCUGCUUCUCUGGGAGUGUAUGGUGGAGGCGCCUCGAUGCCUCAACUGGGCCCAGAGCGAGUUCCGCAAUUGGAUGCAACAUCCGGAGAAUAAUACCAUCCCAAGUUAUCUCCGAUCGUUGGUGUACAACAUCGCGAUACGUCACGGCGGUCGUGAGGAAUUCCUGUUCCUCUGGGACGUGUUCCAGAACAGCACUGACCCGGCUGUGAAGACGCUCAUCAUCACCAAUUUACCCAGCACUCGGCAGGAGUCACUUAUCACCUUCCUUCUAGAAAAGAGCUUAACCGAGAUCCCUAAGCAAUACGCGGCAACAGUGUGGGGGGCUGAUCCGCCCGAAGGAACUCACCUCACUCAGAGCUUCUUCAUACGCAAUUUUGACAGAGUGUACAGGGUGUUCACUGAAUUGGACCCGUUUACUUUCUCCAAUAUAUUGAACAUGGUGUUCGGGUUUAUUGCAGACAAUGAUGAGUUGGAUAAGUUAAAAAGAUUCGCGAUGCAGCACAAAGAGAGAUUGUUGUCGAUGUCUCAAACCCUGCAAAAGAUCGUAGAUACUGCCACACUUAGGAUUGACUGGAUCCAGACUUAUUCUAGAGGAAUUAAUAACUGGUUCGAGAAUUUUUUACAAGAAUACGCUUCACAAAACGUAACAACGACAGAAUCUCCAUGGUCGCAGAAUAUCACAAUUAAAAUCUCCGAUAACACCACUGCCAGCACAUAG